AAACCAACAUGGACUUUGUUAGCUUUUGGGCUUUCCAUCUCAUUUGCAUUUGUAAAGGGAUUAUCCGUGGUUACAGACAACGAUAACCAUACCCUGACCAGUCUGGAAGAAAUAAAAGUCGACGCCAAAAAUACCGAUGUUUUCCGACAACUGCUAAAUCAAGAAACUCUCAUCCGAAUUUCAUUGGUGAAAAACGUUCAUACACUGAUGAAGGAUAUGGUCGACAUGAAGCAAUUUUUAACUUUCUUGCAGGAGUCUCAAAAAGAAAGCUCUUCUUUGAUAUCAAAUUUACGAACAGAAGUUGCUUCAUUAAAAGAACAAAAUAAGAAAUUAAACAACGACAUUAUAAGUUUAAAAGAAAAUGCUGAAAUAGUCAAAGAAAAUUUGACAGAAUUAUUAAAGAUUCAGCAAACUGUAGACAGAAAUAUGGAAGUGAAAAGACAGACAUUUGAAUCAAAUAUAUCUAGCGUUUUAGGAGAUCUAAAGACUGAGGUUCGAUAUCAAUCUGUCACUUUGCUGGAUUUGAACAAACAUACAAUGGAUAUGGAGAAGACCUUGCCCAAAACCAUAGAAGAGAAAAAUGCUAAAGAUUAUGAGAUGUUGAAUGAAUCUUUUAAUAAUCUGAAUGCGGAUCUGAUGGCUACAAAGAGAAGACUCCUGACGACAGCAAACGAUCUGAGCUCAUUUCAAAACAUUUUUACUUCAUCUGUUUCUCGUAUGUACUCCUUCAUCAUAAGAUCAGAUUAA